AUGGAUGAGAAGUCGGUAAGGGAUAUUGAUAUUCAAACCGAUGAAAUAUGUGUGAGGACUACUCAGAGUCAAACACAGUAUGUCGCCAGUACUGUAACGAAGGAAGUCCAAACUGAAGUGUGUAUCUCCAACGAAGAAACAAAUGAUGAUGAUAUUGUACAAGAAUUCUCAUCGUGUGAUGACAGCGUCAUUAAAGUGUGUAAAAAUAUCAUGAAACGACGAAAUUCAUCCAAAUCGAACCGUUUGGAACAACAUUACUCUUUGGUUUCAAGCGAAAACAGUGAAAAUGGCGAAUCGUAUAUUGUUGUUGAAACAGAGAGUAUUAAUAAUGAGUCCUAUGGAUCGGAAGACAAGAUGUUUGUGGUCCAAGAUAAGCUUGAUCUAAAUAUCAAUGAGAUGGUUGAAAAAAAUGACGACACCUGCUUUGAGUAUUACGAAGACAUGGAUCAGGAUACACCACACUAUAUAGAAACAAAGUCUUACGACAACGAUGAAAAUGAAUGCAUAGAUCAUGAUAACGAUAAUAAUGAUAUAGAAGAUGCCGAUGCAACCAAAAUCGACAACGACAAUUUAAAUGAACAGUACCCUGCUGAGCAAAGUGAAUUGUGCUCGAAGAGAUUGCGCUCUUCUGGAAAGCGAAAAGAGCAAUACAAAUGCUCCAUGUGCAUAAUGACAUUUGUAAGUUUGAAGGUGUUGAGAAGGCAUAUUGCAAAUCGGCAUUCUGGUGUUGGGAUAGAUGAUGUUGUCGCCAACACAUCCAGCGUUGUAGACCUACCAGAAAACGAUGAAAAUGCAUGUGAUUCAGAUGCAGCUAAAGACGUCCAGGAAGAAUUAACAGAAGAAAAUGUUCCCAAUCCACGUUUGUUGACCAGAUCUCGACAUUCAACCAAGGUGGAUGAACAAAAAUACUCCAGCUUCAAAUUUUACUGUGAAUAUUGUCAAGCUGGAUUCGCCCAAAGGAAGACAUUAACAUAUCACAUGAAGCAAAAUUGUAUGACAAGUAAUUUUAAGUGCAAUCAAUGCGAUCGUAUAUUUAUAUCAAAGGAAAAAUUAGAUGAGCAUAGUCUAACUCACAAGACUCAUCCGUGUUUGGAAUGCAAACAAGUGUGUGAUAGUGUUGAGGAAUUGAGUGAACAUAUGAUUGAGGUACACAAUCGGAAUGCUCGAAAUCAAUGUCAUGUCUGUAAGAAAGUAUUUACGAUGAAAGCAUCUCUUAUUGACCACUUACGCGUACACAGUGGCGAUAAACCUUUUCUAUGCACCAUUUGCGGUAAACGUUUUACCCAAAAUUCUAACUUGCGUCAGCACAUCAUGCGCCAUCAGAACAAAAAAGAUUAUAAGUGUGAUAUGUGUCCCAAUGCCUACGUCACUAAAGCCGAACUGUUUUCACACAAACGAACUCACACUGGAGAAACACCUUUUAAGUGUAAUUUUUGUAAUGCCAGUUUUACUUCUUCGUCUUCCCUGCAAAAACAUGUACGAAAACACACCGGAGAGCGUCCAUAUUCAUGCGACAUUUGCCCCAUGAGAUUUACUGCUCUAAAUAUUCUCAAAAAUCACCAUAGAACGCAUACAGGAGAACGUCCGUACAAAUGUCUGUUUUGUGAAAAAAGUUUUACGCAAAAAGGAGAUUGCUUAUUACAUCAACGAACACAUGAAUAUGGCGAAAUUAAAUGUUUUUGUGGUUCAAAAUUCUCCAAAAUAACCAAUUUAAGAAUACAUUUGAGAGUGAAGCAUCCGAAUAUGAGCGACGAAGAGAUUGCGACAAUUAAUAAUUUAUUGAAAACUAAGUAUUCCAAAGAAGAAGGAGAAGACGAUGGAACAAAUAUAACGUUGAUGGAAGAAUGUGAAGAUGACGAAGAAGACCUGACAUUGGAAUCGUCACAUACAGUUACUAGCAAUGCUAUUAUGUAA